CCCGCGCGCGCCACACGAGCCACGCACCGAACACGAUGAACGCCCUCGCCAGCUCCAACGCCGUCUACGCCGCGCCCAAGGUCGCGACGACGUCUCUGACGUCGCGCAAGACCACGCGCGCGCUCGCGUCCAGGCCGCUCCAAACGAGAGCGCGCGUCUCCGUGAUCACGACCGCGAAGGAGACGAUCGACCGCACGACCGGCUACAUCAACGCGGACAACUCCGGGUCCGGGAACAUCUUCGCAAUCGAGCCCAAGCAGCUGUACACCGAGUCGCCCACCUCGGACAAGUACGCGAAGCGGGGACUCGGCGGCAUCCCGGGUAUUCUCCUCGCGUGCGGCAUCCUCGCGGGGGUGUACUUCGCGACGCAGACCCUGAACGGGUUCGAGGCGGGGAACCAGGAGUUCGUGGGGUUCGAGAAGACGGGGAAGAGCCUGUCGUACUACAUCGAGGAGUUCGAGAAGAAGUAAUGUGAGAGGCGGGAGCGCGAAGGAUCGAUUCGAUUAAAUUGAUGAGACGACUUUUUUGCCGGCCGGCGCGCGAACGCGGACCGUAUGAAGAUACCGUGCCCGACGGUGGGGGCGACCUGACGACGCGAACCCAUCGCGCGACGUUUUGUUUUGUUUGUAGCAGCGAGAGUAUGUAACGAGAGCUAGUGUUUUCCCCGC